AUGCAUGGCUGAGGUGCUGUGUUACAGGGCGUACCACCAGCAGCACGGCUGCACCUUCACCGCCGUCAUCCCCACCAACGUCUUUGGGCCAAACGACAACUUCAACAUGGAGGACGGCCACGUGCUGCCCGGCCUCAUCCACAAGGUCCAUCUGGCCAAGAAGAACAACACUCCUCUGGUUAUCUGGGGCACAGGGACUCCCAGGAGGCAGUUUAUAUACUCUCUGGACUUGGCCCGUCUCUUCAUCUGGGUUCUGAGAGAAUAUAAUGAAGUUGAGCCCAUCAUCCUGUCAGUGGGUGAAGAGGAUGAAGUUUCUAUCAAGGAGGCGGCUGAGAGCAUUGUGUCGGCCAUGGAUUUCAAGGGCAAGUUUGUUUUUGACACCAGUAAAUCUGACGGUCAGUUCAAGAAGACAGCCAGCAACAGCAAGCUGAGGAAGUACCUGCCUGACUUCAAAUUCACCCCCUUCAGCCAAGCGAUCGAGGAAACGUGCAAUUGGUUUGUCGCCAAUUACGAAUCCGCGAGGAAAUGAGAAUGAACAAUGGGGAUAUGACGCUGGCUGAUCUGGGCUCAAGAGAAACAAAGUGGAGCUUAGAGGCCAACAGCUGAUCUUCCGGUUUGCUAAUCAGUUUUCCUAAAUUCCGGGGGUGAUGGACAGCAAAACUCGCUGGACCGACUGGCCUUGAUCUAGACUUUGCCAGCGAACGGGAAAAUCCUGGUGAAUCUUCCCAAAGUGGGUGGCAGAUCUGCUCUGCUGAUAUUUCAGAGUAGCUGAAUGCACACGGUGUAAUAAUAAUAAAUAAUCGUUGUAUUUU